UUUGACAAUCUGUUCUGAACCCUGCGUCGAAGUGCUUUCCUUAUUGAUACCGACCCGUCGUUGUAAUUCUUGUCAUGUUCCGUUUAGCAUUCUGCAGACGGUCAAUUCCUUCUCCUCGGACCGCCUUCCAGACGGCAUGCUACUCGUCUAGUACUCGAAAACCCUUAUUUCCCACUCGAACGAUUCAAUCUCUCCUUUCUGGCGAUUCGACUACGGGAACCGACGUCGUUGUGCGAGGCUGGGUGCGAUCCGUUCGUAAACAAAAACAAGUCUCCUUUGCCAAUAUCAAUGACGGCAGCAAUUUAAAAGGAAUUCAAGCCAUUCUGUCCGAGGCGGAUGCCAACAAGCUUUCUACCGGCGCUUGUAUCGAGCUCAAAGGCACAUUGGCCAACAGCCCCGGCAAGGAACAAAGCAAAGAGUUGCAAGUGACGGCAUGCAAGGUGCUGGGCGAAUGCGAUGGUUCUUAUCCUUUGCAAAAGAAGAGACAUACCCUGGAAUUUCUUCGAACCAUUGGUCAUCUCCGAGCCCGUGGCAAUACAGGAAGCGCUGUGCUUCGUAUGCGCAAUGCCGCAGGCGAAGGUAUACACAAGUUCUUUGCGGAACAAGAGUUUGUGCAAGUGAAUACACCGAUUUUUACAUCGCACGAUUGUGAGGGUGGAGGCGAAGUGUUCCAAGUACUACCAAAAGACUUUUUCAAGAAACCCGUCUAUUUGACGGUAUCCGGCCAAUUGCACGCUGAAAUCAUGGCUUCGGCGCUUUCACGAGUGUAUACAUUUGGACCCGUUUUCCGAGCCGAAGAAUCCUUGACUUCACGUCAUUUGGCGGAAUUCUGGAUGUUGGAAGCUGAGAUGACAUUUAUCGAUCAAUUGGAUCAAUUGCUGGACGUCACGGAAGCCAGUGUUCAAGAUACCACUCGUCACGUUUUGGAUAAAUGCGCAGAAGAUGUUGCCUUUUUCAACAAGUGGACCGAUCCCACGCUGCUGGACCGAUUGCAACAGACCGUGAACCGACCUUUUGUGCGUAUGACCUACAGCGAAGCGAUUGACAUUCUUCAACGUGUUCAAGAUAAAGAAAAACGAUUCAAUUUCCCUACCACGUGGGGUUCCAGCUUACAAUCCGAGCACGAGCGCUAUCUAGCCUCUGAAUACUGCCAAUCCCCUGUUUUCGUGACCGAUUAUCCUGUUGACUUGAAACCAUUCUACAUGCGGGCAAACAGUGAUGAAAAGACAGUGUCCUGUUUCGAUCUGUUAGUACCUGGUAUUGGCGAAUUGGUGGGAGGAUCAAUGCGUGAGGAACGUUAUGAUAUCUUGGAAGGCAAGAUGAAACAAGCCAAGAUGAACAUGGAGGAUUAUCAAUGGUAUCUUGAUCUCCGUAAAUAUGGCAGUGCGCCUCACGGUGGUUACGGCAUUGGGUUCGAACGGCUGAUGCUUUGGUUAACCGGAUUAGAAAAUGUGCGUGAAGUUGUACCUAUGCCUCGCUAUGCUGGCCACUGCAAGUUUUAAAAACACGAUAAUGCACUUCCACUGUAUGUAGACCAUGUCCAUUUUAUUCCAAACAAAAUAAACUUUUACCUAUAGACUGUUCAACAAAAA